CUCCCUUGUCCAUCGGCAAAGUCUUCUGGGCCGGCCACUCCUCUGUCCUCAAGUGAAGCUCCUGGAACAAUGGCCAAGCCGUCAAAGCACAGGGCAGUCAAGGUCGCGAAACAAUGCGGCCUCCAAACCUGGUGUUAGGAUGUGAACCUUCAACGCGCAUUUUUUUCAAAGUCUAGGGGAGUUCUGGUGACAGCCCUUCUGGGGUUUUCCCCCAUUCACUGCCAUCGAUGGGCCACCACGCUUCUUCGCUCGUAAGAAAACCCUCGCUCUCGAAAUUUUGGACAGGAAGCCACCUACCAUUCAGUGCAUUCAAUUCUGCCUCUAUGUUGGAGGUACCGCUCGCCAUUUCCAACCAGCAUUGACUUCAGUAUUUCGUUAGCCAUGUCCACGGAGUUGCCAAAGACACCGCAGCCCUCUCCCAAGCCCGUUGAAGGCGAAGGCGAGUCAACAAGAGCCAUCGAUGAGGUCAUCGACACGCCGGAGGCCCUUAGGAGACUAGCGAAAGGGGUUAAGGACAUUUUGGAGGGGAUGAACGGAGAACCCAACGCAUUUGAGCAUCCUGGCGACCAUCCCGGUACCGACAACUGUCGUUCGAACGACAAUUUGGAUGUCCCAGAGGAUAAAUCCCUGUUCGACAUCUCUGACUUUGGCUGUCACGAUCAUGUCGAGGAGGCAAAGGAAACUAGGGAGCAAAAGCAUGAGGGAAUACCGAUCAACGACAUACCAAGCAUCACGAAGGUUGGCGCAAAGCUGGCAGUAACUUUGGAGGCUGAAGCGACUGCAGAUGGAAUCACAGGAAUUUCUGCAAAUUUACCCAGGAAAAGCGAACAGCUACCCUUUGAGACGGAAAAUGCUCAUCAAAGGGAGAUUCUAUUGCCUCCCCUUCACCCUCGUUACACGCUUCAUCCAACUCGCAAACAAAGACGAGCGAGCAUUUAG